AUGGGUAUCCAGGGGGCUUUUGGCUUCCCCCUAGGGCUCCUGCUUGACUGUGUGCUCCUGGUGACUUCAGCCCCGGCCACACCAGAGCCUCAAGGCUGCACCAACAAGGACCAGCUGGUCACCAUCAGCCACAACUACAAUAUUGAGAUGCCCAAGUCCACCAUGGUGCAGGUGGAGGCCGACCCACAGUCGCUCAGUGAUAAUGGGACCUCCCUCUUGGCCACAGGGGAGGAGGGAGAGGGACAGAACUUCAUCUUCAAGCACAACAUCCGCCUUCAGGUGCCACCGAAGGACUGUGACUUGUCAGAUAGCUUCCAGGAUCUCCUGGCCCGGGUGAAGAAACUGGAGGAAGAGAUGGCAGAGUGGAAGGAGCAGUGCAAUGUCCAGCACUGCUGCCAAGGGGCAGCUGAUCUGACCCGUCACUGCAGCGGCCAUGGGACCUUUUCCCCUCACACCUGCAGCUGUCACUGCGAGCAGGGCUGGGAGGGCGUGGACUGUGAGCUGCCCUCCUGCCCCGGGGCAUGCAGCGGCCACGGGCGUUGCGUGGAUGGGCGCUGCCUGUGCGACGAGCCCUAUGUGGGCGCCGACUGCGCCUACCCCGCCUGCCCGCAGGACUGCAGCGGCCACGGCGUGUGCGUGCGUGGCGUCUGCCAGUGCCACGAAGACUUCACAUCGGAGGACUGCAGCGAGCAGCGCUGUCCUGGCGACUGCAGCGGCCACGGUUUCUGUGACACGGGCGAGUGUUACUGCGAGCUGGGCUUCACUGGUCCCGACUGCUCCCAGGUCAUCCCCCCUCAGGGCCUGCAGCUGCUGAAGAGCACAGAGAACUCCCUGCUGGUGGGCUGGGAGCCUUCCAGUGACGUGGACCACUAUCUCCUGAGCUACUACCCCCUGGGGAAGGAGCUCUCUGGGAAGCAGGUCCAGGUGCCCAAGGAGCAGCACACCUAUGAGAUUCCUGACCUGAUGCCUGGGACCAAAUACAUAGUCACCCUGCGCAAUGUGAAGAAGGACAUCGCCAGCAGCCCGCAGCACCUGCUGGCCACCACAGAUCUUGCUGUGGUUGGCACUGCCUGGGUGACAGAAGAGACUGAGAACUCCCUUGAUGUGGAGUGGGAGAAUCCCCCAACUGAGGUGGACUACUACAAGCUGCGAUAUGGUCCGUUGACAGGGCAUGAGGUGGCUGAGGUCACUGUACCCAAGAGCCGUGAACCCAAGAGCCGAUAUGACAUCACUGGUCUGGAGCCUGGGACGGACUAUAAGAUCACAGUUGUCCCCAUAAGAGGAGAGCUGGAGGGCAAGCCGAUUCUCCUGAAUGGCAGGACAGAAAUUGAUGGCCCAACUGAUGUGGUCACUAAGCAAGUGACAGAAGAUACUGCAGUAGUCUCCUGGAACCCAGUGAAGGCCGACAUAGACAAGUAUGUGGUGCGCUAUGUCUCCCCCGACGGAGGGACCAAGGAGACAGCAGUACCGAAGGACCGGAGCAGCACCACGCUGACAGGCCUGAAGCCAGGAGAGGUGUAUGAAGUCUAUGUGUGGGCUGAGAGGGGCAGCCAGGGAAGCAAGAAAGCUGACACCAAGGCCCUCACAGAAAUUGAUAGUCCAGCAAACCUGGUGACUGAUCGGGUAACAGAAAAUACAAUCACUGUCUCCUGGGACCCAGUGGAGGCUGAAAUUGACAGGUAUGUGGUACGCUACAUCUCUGCUGACGGAGAGACCAAAGAGGUUCCAGUGGCGAAGGAGCAGACCAGCACUGACUUGCUCGACCUGAGCCCAGGUGUAGAGUACAGAGUCUACGUGUGGGCCGAGAAGGGGGACCGGGAGAGCAAGAAAGCCAACACGCAGGCCCCCACAGACAUUGACAGUCCUAAAAAUCUGGUGACUGACCAGGUGACAGAGAAUAUGGUCACUGUCUCCUGGGACCCCGUGCAGGCUCCCAUUGAUAGGUAUGUGGUGAGCUACACUUCUGCUGAUGGAGAGACCAAGGAGGUUCCAGUAGGGAAGGAUCAGAGGAGCACCGUCCUGACGGGCCUGAGGCCAGGCAUGGAGUACACAUUCCACGUGUGGGCCCAGAAGGGGACCCAGGAGAGCAGGAAGGCUGACACGCAGACCCCUACAGAUAUCGACAGCCCCAAAAACCUGGUGACUGACCAGGUAACAGAAAAUACUGCCACUGUCUCUUGGAAGCCAGUGGAGGCUGACAUUGACAGGUAUGUGGUGCGCUACACUUCUGCUGAUGGAGAGACCAGGGAGGUCCCCGUGAAGAAGGACAAGAACAGGACCAUUCUGAUGGGCCUGAGGCCAGGUGUGGAGUACGAGGUGGAUGUGUGGGCCCAGAAGGGGACCCGAGAGAGCAGGAAGGCCAACACCAAGGCACCCACAGACAUUGACAGCCCCAAAAACCUGGUAACUGACCAGGUGACAGAGAAUACUGCCACUGUCUCCUGGGACCCAGUGGAGGCUGACAUUGACAGGUAUGUGGUGCGCUACACCUCUGCCGACGGAGAGACCAGGGAAUUUCUGGUGGGGAAGGACCAGAGCAGCACCGUCCUGACGGGCCUGAGGCCAGGUGUGGAGUACGAGGUCGAUGUGUGGGCCCAGAAGGGGGCCCGGGAGAGCAGGAAGGCCAACUCCAAGGCCCCCACAGAUAUUGACAGCCCCAAAAACCUGGUGACUGACCAGGUGACAGAAAACACUGCCACUGUCUCAUGGGACCCAGUGGAAGCAGAUAUUGACAGGUAUGUGGUGCGCUACAUCUCUGCCGAUGGAGAGACCAGGGAGAUUCCGGUGGGGAAGGAGCACAGCAGCACCGUCCUGACAGGCCUGAGGCCAGGAGUGGAGUACAAGGUGGAGCUAUGGGCCCAGAAGGGGACCCAGGAGAGCAGGAAGGUCAACACCAUGGCCCCCACAGACAUUGACAGCCCCAAAAACCUGGUGACUGAUGAGGUGACAGAGAACACUGCCACUGUCUCCUGGGACCCAGUAGAGGCUGACAUUGAUAGAUACGUGGUACGCUACACCUCUGCUGAUGGAGAGACCAGGGAAUUUCUGUUGGGGAAGGACCAGAGAAGUACUGUUCUGACGGGUCUGAGGCCAGGUGUGGAGUACAAGGUGGAUGUAUGGGCCCAGAAGGGGGCCCGGGAGAGCAAGAAGGCCAGUACAGAGGCCCCCACAGAAAUUGAUAGCCCCAAAAACCUGGUAACCAACCAGGUGACAGAGAGUACAGCCACUAUCUCCUGGGACCCGGUGCAGGCCAACAUUGACAGGUAUAUGGUGCGCUACACCUCUGCCGAUGGAGAGACCAGGGAGAUUCCAGUGAAGAAGGAGAAGACCAGCACUGUCCUGACUGGCCUGAGGCCGGGCGUUGACUACACUGUCCAAGUGUGGGCCCAGAAGGGCAAUCGGCAGAGCAAGAAGGCCAACACCAAGGCCCCUACAGAAAUUGAUAGCCCCAAAAAUCUGGUGACAAACCGAGUGACGGAGACCACAGCCACCAUCUCCUGGGACCCCGUGAGGGCUGCCAUUGACAAGUACAUGGUGCGUUACAUAUCUGCGGAUGGAGAGACCAAGGAGAUUCCGGUGGCAAAGGGGCAGAGCAGCACCGUCCUGACGGGCCUGAAGCCUGGUACGGCGUACACAAUCCAAGUGUGGGCCGUGAAAGGGGCCCGGGAGAGCAAGAAGACCAGCACGAAGGCUCUGACAGAAAUUGAUCCUCCCAAAAACUUCCGUCCAUUUGGUGUGACACAUUCUGGGGGGGCCCUGACCUGGAUGCCCCCUUCUGCACAGAUUGAUGGCUACAUCCUCACCUACCAGCUUCCCAACGGUAUCAUGAAGGAGGUGAAACUUGGAAAAGGCGAGCAGAGGUUUGAGUUGCAAGAUCUUGAGCAGGGCAUCACCUACCCUGCUUCCUUGGUUGCUUUUAAGGGUGAUCAGCGGAGCAGGAGUGUGUCCACCUCCCUUUCCACAGUCGAUGCCCGCUUUCCACACCCUUCGGACUGCAGUCAGGUCCAGCAGAACAGCAACGCUGCCAGUGGCCUCUACACCAUCUACCUGAAUGGUGACGUCAACCGGCCCCUGCAGGUGUACUGUGACAUGGACACAGAUGGAGGUGGCUGGAUUGUCUUCCAGAGGCGGAACACUGGGCAGUUGGAUUUCUUCAAGCGUUGGCGGAGCUAUGUGGAAGGCUUUGGGGACCCUAUGCAGGAGUUCUGGCUUGGACUUGACAAACUACACAAUCUCACUACCAGCACUCCUACCCGGUAUGAAGUUAGAGCAGAUUUGCAGACUUCUAAUGAGUCUGCCUACGCCGUGUAUGAUUUCUUCCAAGUGGCCUCCCCCAAGGAGCGGUAUAAGCUGACAGUUGGGAAAUACAGAGGCACAGCAGGGGAUGCUCUUACAUACCACAAUGGAUGGAAGUUUACAACUUUUGACAGAGACAAUGAUAUCGCCCUCAGCAACUGUGCCCUGACGCAUCAUGGGGGCUGGUGGUACAAGAACUGCCACUUGGCCAACCCCAAUGGUAAAUAUGGAGAGACCAAGCAUAGUGAGGGGGUGAACUGGAAGCCGUGGAAAGGACAUGAAUUCUCCAUCCCUUAUGUGGAGUUAAAAAUUCGCCCUCAUGGCUACAGCAGAGAGCGUUUUCAUGGCAGAAAGAAGCGGACUUUGGGAGGAAAGACAAGGAUGUUCUGA